ACUCGUGUGGACGAGAGCAAAGGAUUGUCAUUGCGAUUUCCGCGAUAUCUUCGUACUCGCGAUGACAAGACCAUAUACGACGCGACCACCAGUGACACUCUAGCAACAAUGUAUUCGAGUCAAAAGAACUUGCAGCAGCAGCAGCAGCACGAACAGGAGGAGGAGCAUGAAUAGUAAUUUUUUUUUGAAACGACGAGGGAGUUUAUUUCUAUUCCGGUCGUUAAGAAAAAGCGAGUGUAGCAUAGUUUCUUUCUUUAUCUUUACCCAACCACAUCCUCCUCACAACAAUACAUACAGCAACAAUACAUACAACAGCAAUAGUAUGCAAGCAAACUCUAUAGCAACCAAUACACUGCUGAUGCCCAAUGUCCCAUCGGUGUUUUUCACUUAUCCAAUAGCACUCGAGCAUGUUCGCGCAAAGUUCGAGGACUUUGGCAUCCUCUAUGCAUUUGUCGCCAUGAAAGGAUUUGGACGAUUGAUGAUCAUAUACGAGGAAACAGCGUGUGCUAUCAAAGCAAGAGGCGUGCUGGACAAAGUACACAUGUCGUGGCGAGAACUCAUUACUGAUUCGGGUAAAAUUGAGGUGACAGAUGUCAGCAUUGGCGAAGAAGUGCAAGCUACUCAGGAUCGACCAGGGAUGGAAGUACGGCUUUACUAUGGACAGCAUAAUCCAAUCAAUCCUGAUCCAACGCUGUUCACACUCCAAGUGCCUAAAAGCGAAAAGAACUUUUUGAUCUCACCUCCUGGUUCGCCUUUCGAAGACUGGGAGCAGACCAUGGAGUCACCGCCUAACACAGCCGUACUGGCAUCCGAUAUGACACAUGCAGUAGCGGAAAUGUCAGACGACGACUUGGACGACCUAGAAAAUUUCCGCUUGGAAAGCCCAAUGCCAAGUGACGAUGAGACCCGUGACGACAAUAGCGAUACUACUCAGCAACAGAAGCAGCAGAAGCAAAGCAGUAGCAGCAACGUCUCCUCACCAGACUCUGUUCGAUCAAGCAAUGCAGCAAAACGGGCCGUGUUGAAAAUAGUGGCUAGCAGUGAGGACCAUCCAGAAUCGGAACACGUGCCCUCUAUCACCGUGGAGGACUGGGAUGGCAAUGGGGAGCAUCAGCAGCAGAAGGUGCAAGAAGACUCGCCAAAAGACAGAACAACGCGUAGUCGUCGUCGUAUUCCGCCCGAAUUUCCAAAGGCUAAAGCAAUACCUACGGCACGACCACCUGUGCGAACAUAGCACGCGGUCACUGCCCGUUGUUUGCUUAUCCAAAAAACUUUUUUUUUCUCUUUGCAUCUUACGUAUUUCCGCCGCGCUUCCAUAUGCCCCCACUCUAUUUCUCUCCACCUCCAUUGCCCCCAGCCCAC